AUGCUGCCCUACAUCAAUGCGCCGUUUGAUCCGGUCGCAAGGGCGACAGGUGCAUCGGUCGACGAAAUCAAGCUGAUUGCAUCCUUUCUCCUCUCAUACCCGCUCGCGGCCGUACUGAAACGACUUCCAGACACGAAGCCAUGGCAAAAGAACGUCUUUAUCAUUGCCGUCUCAUUGUUCUACCUAGUGGGCCUAUUCGGCCUCUGGGACGGGAUGAGAACGAUCCUAUACAGCGCCGGAGGAACUUAUGCAAUUGCCUACUAUAUUGACGGUAGCUUUAUGCCAUGGAUUGGCUUUGCGUUUCUGAUGGGUCACAUGUCAAUCAACCAUCUCGAGCGGCAGUUCACCAAUAACCCUUCCAGAGUGGACAUCACCGGAGCACAGAUGGUAAUGCUCAUGAAGCUGAGCGCGUUCUGCUGGAACGUACAUGAUGGUCGAUUGAAGCAAGAGAGUCUUACAGAGCAUCAGCGAGAUCGAGCUGUUAUCGAAAUGCCAAAUCUCCUUGACUACGCAGGCUAUGUCCUCUUCUUUCCCUCCCUUUUCGCUGGACCUGCGUUCGACUUCAAUGAUUUCAAGAAGUGGCUGGAGACGUCAAUGUUCGAUCUACCGCCAGAUGUAGACCCUGCAAAGGCGCCACCAACCCGCAAGAAACGCAGGAUACCAAGAAGUGGAAAGCCCGCGGCAUGGAAGGCAGUAGUUGGGUUAGCCUGGAUAUUUCUAUUCAUCAAGUUCUCUUCAUGGUACACAGUCCCUUUCGUCCUGGCCGAUGACUACAUGCAAUAUUCCUUCAUCCGUCGAGUCUGGUAUAUUUACAUGCUGGCAUUCACAGCUCGCCUGAAGUACUACGGCGUCUGGUCUCUCACCGAAGGUGCUUGUAUCCUUUCUGGUAUGGGGUACAAUGGGAUCGACCCGAAGACUGGCAAGGCCAAAUGGAACCGACUUGAAAAUGUCAAUCCCUAUCACCUGGAGACAGCCCAAAAUUCGCGUGCAUACCUCGACAGUUGGAACAAGAACACCAAUGCCUGGCUCCGCAACUACGUCUACCUCCGAGUCACCCCAAAAGGCAAAAAACCCGGCUUCCGAGCCAGCCUCGCCACCUUUGCCACCAGUGCCUUCUGGCACGGCUUCUACCCAGGCUACUACCUCACCUUCAUCUUAGCUGCCUUCAUCCAGACCGUAGCCAAGAACUCCCGCCGCUACGUGCGCCCCUUCUUCCUAAGCCCAGACGGCAAAACCUCCACCCAAAAUAAAAAAUAUUACGACUUCCUCUCCUUUCUAGCCACCCAACUCGCCUUCUGCUUCACCGUCGCACCCUUCGUCAUCUUGGGUUUCUCCGACUCCAUCAAACUCUGGUCCAGAGUAUAUUUCUACUGCAUCAUCGGCGUGGCGGCGACGAUGGGGUUCUUUGCUUCCCCAGCAAAGCAGUAUCUCAUCAAGCAGAUCAACAAGCGCAAUCAUCCACGGGUGCAGAGGACGGCUAGUCAAGAGACGUUAGGUCAGCCGACGUUGGGAUUGCCCAGUGAUCCAGGGAGGGAUAUUGAUGAGGCGUUGAAGGAGAUUAGGACCGAGGUUGAGACGAGGAGGAGAAGAGGAAGUAGGGUUAGUAUGCCGACGGGCCAGGAAUUGAAGGCGGCGGUGGAGGAUAAGCUGGGGAGGAAACUGGGUUGA